AUGUCUAUUAGGGGUAUUAGUCUUCUCGCGGCUUCUGCACUGUCGGUCUUCGCGGCUCCGGUCCGCGUGCUGAAUACGGAUUUCCCCGAUCCAAGCCUGAUUAAGACCGAUGAUGGCUGGUACUCGUUUGCUACGGCUGGAAACGGGGUGCAUGUUCAAGUGGCUACUUCGUCGGAUUUCAAGACCUGGGAGCUGCUAAAGGGUCACGAUGCUAUUCCUGGUCCAUUCCCGGACUGGACUAAGAAAGAUGGUCCGGAGGUUUGGGCGCCUGAUGUGAUCAAGAGGGACGACGGCAAAUUCGUCAUGUACUUCUCCGCCCUAACCAGCAAGGACACCUCCGCGCACUGCAUCGGCACCGCAACCGCCACCUCCAUCAAAGGCCCCUACACCCCCAACGAUACCCCCCUCGUCUGCCCGCUCGACCAAAACGGCGCCAUCGACGCCGUCGGCUUCCAAGAUGACGACGGCACGCGCUACGUGAUCUACAAAACCGAAGACGCAGACACAACAAUCCACCUGCAGCCCAUGAAAUCAGACGGCAUCACUCCCAACGGCAACACAACAACCCUUCUGAAAAAAGAGCCCGAGGACGGCAUCCUCAUUGAAGCACCGAGUCUGGUUAAGAAGGACGGCACGUAUUACCUCACCUUCUCGUCGCACCGGUUCGACACCGCGAAGUAUGAUGCGAAAUACGCGACUGCGAAGAAUGUCGCGGGGCCGUAUACGAGACAGGGACAGAUUCUGAAGACGGGCGAUAAGACGAAUAACGGGACUGUGACGAGUCCCGGUGGUGCCGAUUUCUCAGAGGAUGGGAAGAAGAUUGUAUUCCAUGCUCAUCGGAAUGGGAAGGACGUUAGUCAGGGGCGGGCGAUGUAUAGGGCCGAUAUUAGUUUGUCGGAUGGGAAGAUUACUAUCAAUUAG